GACGUAAUGCUUGUUUUAAAAUGUACUUUUCCACAUCACUUUAAACAGUAAGCGUCUGUUUACUUCCGGUGUGAUUCACUAAUAUCACCGCCCAUCCGGUUCGCACCGCAGCUGUAAACCGAGCGCCCCUUCCCGCCCCAGGAAGGAGCGGCUGUGAAUCACUUCCGGGUUUCUGAGGUCUUCUUCGCUUCAAACUGUUCACUUUUUAAACGAGUCUCUUCACUUUUGUCACUUUUAAACAUGACGAGUUGACCGAGAAGGAAACUCGACGCUUUGAGGGAGAAACGAGUCGGUUUUUAACGCCGUGAAGGAAGUGGGAGGAGUCAGAUGAUGGAGGAGGCGGAGCCGAGCGGAGGCGUCAUAGAGGAGGAGACUCCUCCGCAGGACACAAACACAAACUACAACCACGCGGACGGCGACGCCGCUUCCUGUCCAGCUGUGGAAGGCGUCCCAGCGCCGCCGCCGAAAAGAGGACCCGUGGUGGUCCGAGCAAACAACAAGAACCCGGCCAGCGAGAACCUGGAGAGAGUCCGCCAGUGGAGCGUUGCCACCUACAAGUGCACCCGCCAGGCCGUGUCGGAGAGGCUGGGCCGGGGGUCCCGCACGGUGGACCUGGACCUGGAGCCCCGCCUCGAGCUGCUCAAAGACGACCGGCAGCGCUACGACGGCGUGACCAAGCUGGCCCAGACGCUGGCCAAUCAGCUCGCUCAGUUCUCCGUUACCCAGAAGACCCUGGGGGACGCCUUCGCCGAGCUCAGCCUCAAGACGCCGCCGCUGCACGUGGAGUUCACCGCGAACGCGGACGCUCAGAAGUUCCUAUCGAAGAGCGGCGAGACUCUGACGGCGUCCCUCAACGCCUUCACGUGUGACAUGAGCACUCUGAUUAACAAGACCAUCGAGGACACCAUGAUCGACGCCAGGCGCUACGAGGCCGCCAGGGUGGAGUACGACGCCUACCGGGUGGACCUGGAGGAGCUGAACCUCGGGCCGCGGGACGCCCUCACCCUGCCCCGACUGGAGCGCGCCCAGAAGGACUUCCAGAGCCAGAGGGAGCGGUACCAGAGGGCCCGAGACGACCUGUCCGUCAAAGUCCGGCUGCUGCAGGAGAACAAGGUCAAAGUCCUCCACCAGCAGCUGUGGCUGCUCCACGCCGCCGUGGCCGCUCACGCCUCCUCCUGCCACGCCUUCCUGGAGCAGAGCGCCGCGGCCCUGGGAGACCCCGACUGCCCCCCCCCCUCCUGGCUGGAGGAGAGCUGAUGUCUUGGGUGCUCCUUGGGAGAGGGAGGUGGGUUUAUCUACGGGGGGUUAGAGAGACGUUGAACACAUUCUGGGUCUUAUUUUCACCUUUUGAUGUGAUAUUUAGGACAAUAAUGAUCUCUAAUUAACACACAGACACACACACACACACACACACACACACACACACACACAGACACACACACACACACACACACACACACACACACACAGACACACACACA